UUUGUAGUUCCUUCGGUCCUCGGAGGCGGUGUGCCGGAGGCAGCCCUGUGACAAGAGUCAGGCCCGUCGGCUGAGGCGGCGGCUCUCCCUCAGGCUGUGCGCGAGCGAGCGAGCGCGACCCGACCCUUUUCCUUCUAAAAGGAAAAUAGUUUACGCCCGUUGGGUUUUGGUCUUAAAUCCUCUUCAGGAGUCGGCGGAUCGGAAGUGUUCACGUGGUUGAGGUGAGCGUCUUUUCGGCGUAAGGCGGUUAUGAAAGCCUGGUCCUCCGCAAGAGCAGUGCACACCCUCCGCUGAGCCGGCUACAGCCCCAGCAGCGAUGUCUUAAAAACAGGAAAAUGCUUUAAAAAACCCAAACAUUUAAUAUAUCAGCAAGAUUUCUGAGAGGACAUAUUUCCUGAGACAUGGAAAUGGUUUUAAUUUUAUGAGUAUGAGUGUUUUGCCUGUAUGUAUAUAUGCAUACCAUGUAUAUGCCUGCUGCCUAUGGAAGCCGAAAGAAAAAGGUGGAUCCUCUAGAACUGGAGUUACAGAUAGUUGUGAACUACAAUGUGUAUGCUAGGAACCAAAUCCAGGACUCAGUGACGUUUGAGGAUGUGGCUGUGUACUUUACCAAAGAAGAGUGGAAUUUACUGAAUGGAUUUCAGAGAAACCUCUACAGAGAUGUGAUGUUGGAGAACUAUCAGAACCUGGCCACAGUAGAAGUGAAAAUGGACCUUGAGACAAAAGAGACAGAACUCCAGCUGGAUACUUUUUGGUCUGAUAUAUCAAAUGAGACACAGCUGGCAAGAUUAACAAAGGCAGGAAGUCACAAUGGAGGAGAGCUCUUUGACUCUAAGAAAGUUGGAAAAUUCUCCAGUGAACACCUAUGCCUUCAGACACAUAUGAAUAUUCACAAUACAAAAAAGAUUUCUGAAUAUAAUUGGUAUAGAAAAGACUUAUUUCCUUCAGUCAAGAAAAUCUCUACUGAAGAGAAACUUUCUGUGUUGAUCCAAUGUGAAGAAGCCUUUGCUCUGAUUCGAAGCAUUCCUUACCAGAGGGCAUGCAUUCAGGACAGUUCUUCUGAAUGCAGUGAUUUUGGGAAAGCUUUUGAUAAUCAGUUUCAACUUAAGUUACACAGCAAAGAUCACAGUAAAGAAAAUUUCUAUGAAUGGGAGCAAAGUAAGAAAGCUUUUCCUGAGUCCAGAAAUUGCUCUGCUUUAGAGAAAUGCUAUGAAGAUAAGGAAUGUGGAAAAGUCAUCACUACACAAGCAGGCCUUACCACACAUGUACGGAGUCACAAAAAGCAGAAGUCUUACGAGUGUACAGAGUGUGGGAAAGUGUUUGCUAAAUGUUCAGGACUUAUUGAGCAUGUGAGAAGUCACACAGGAGAGAAGCCUUUUAAAUGUGACCAGUGUGAAAAGGCUUUUGCCUCUUCCUCCUAUCUUACUGCACACCUGAGAACUCACACUGGAGAGAAGCCCUUUGAGUGUACGGUGUGUGGGAAGGCUUUUACACGUUCCUCCUACCUUCGGAUUCACAUGCGAACUCACACUGGAGAGAAGCCCUACAAGUGUAAGGAGUGUGGGAAAAUGUUUGCUGUGCGCUCAUGCCUUAAUACACAUUCACGAACUCACACUGGGGAGAAGCCUUACGAUUGUAAGGAAUGUGAGAAGGCAUUUACUAGCUUUUAUCAACUAACCGAACAUAUGAAAAUUCACACUGGUGAGAAACCCUUUGAAUGUCAAGUGUGUACAAAAUCGUUUAGGAAUUCCUCAUGCCUUAAGAAGCACUUCCAAAUUCACACUGGAAUAAAGCCAUUUCAGUGUAAGGACUGUGGGAAAGCCUUCAGUGGACGGACUAGCUUUACCACACAUGUAUUGACUCAUACUGGGGAGAAGCCAUAUGAGUGUAAGGAGUGUGGGAAGGCGUUCAGAACAUCCUCAGGCCUUAUUGAACACAUAAGAAGUCACACGGGAGAGAAACCCUUUGAAUGCUAUCAAUGUGGAAAGGCCUUUGCCUCUUCCUCGUAUCUAACUGCACACUUGAGAACUCACACUGGAGAGAAGCCCUUUGAGUGUACAGUGUGCGGGAAAGCGUUUACACGUUCCUCUUACCUUUGCAGACAUAUGAAAACUCACACUGGAGAGAAACCCUGCGUGUGUAAGGAUUGUGGGAACACCUUCAGUGGAUGCUCAUGCCUUAGCAGACACAUAAAAAUGCACAGUGGGGAGAAGCUCUACCUGUAUUAGCAAUGUGGGAGAACAGUCAUUAGCUUCUUAACUCAGCAUACUCAUGCUGGUAGGAAGCCUUUUGAAUAUAAGACAUGUACAAAAUCUUUUAGGAUUGCAUGCCUUAAGAUGCACUUCUGAAUUCACACUGUAUUAAAAUCAUAUCAAAGUAAGGAUUGUGGAAAAGCCUUGGUAGCCACACUAGCUUUACUGCGCAUGUACUAACUCACAUUGGGGGAAAAGUCAUAUGAAUGCAGAGGAUGUCAUAAUGCCUUCAUUCCUUCCUCACAUCUUAACACAGGAAAGAAACCCCUUGACCAGUGUGGGAAAGCUGUUUCCUCCUCAUCUCUUAAUGUACAUUUGAGAACUCACACUGGAGAGAAACCCUUUGAGUGUCUAGGAUGUGGCAAAGCGUUUAGGCAUCCUUCCAACUUUUGUAGUCACAUGAGUGUGCACCCUGGAGAACUGCCCAAUGUAUGUAAGAACUCUGGGAAAGCCUUUACUGAGCACUUAGCCCUUAAUAAACACUUAAGAACACAUACUGUAUAGAAACCCUAUGAGGAAUGUAGGGCACGAGCUGAGGCAAAUAGGCAAGAUAACCCUGCCAUCUCUAUUACCUAUGCUAUGCUGUUGGGAAUGGGAGACAGUUACUCCACUAGGGUUCAGCAGGGAUCCCUGGGCCGAAUCAGGAUCAGCCACAGUCGGAGGAGAGUGCACUCCAGAGCCGGAGCGACAUUAGCCGCCGUCCGCGGUCUCUCACGCCCCAGCUCUGGGUCGCGGAGUUCUUUUUCCGUCUCACUGGCCAUCAACCUGGGUGAGGCCUUGGCGGUGCCAAGAAACAAACUCUUCCCACGAAAGUCCUUCAAAACGCCAGAGCAGGAGCCGGAUCUGGUCCGGCAGCCCCAAGCCGGAAGCGGAAGCGCUGUCGGUGUUGCCUUCGGUCUCUUCCGGCGCGGGCUCCAAGAGUUUGCGUUCCGUUGCUCCGCAGAGGCGGUGCGGGGUAGUGGCUUGGGAGAGGCGGGCUUAGCCCUUGGCGGCGGCGUUUCCUCGGUGCCACGGGCGGGCGAGCGCGACCCGGGUUUUCGCUGCGGGUUUAGUUCUCCGUCUUGCGUCCUCAGGAAUUGGCGGAUUCGGCGCGUUCAGGAGUCGGUGACCUUUGAGGAUGUGGCUAUAAACUUCACCCAGGAGGAAUGGACUUUACUGGACACAAAACAAAGGAAGCUUUACAGAGAGGUGAUGCUGGAGAACUACCAGAACCUGGCCACAUUAGAAUGGGCUAUGCGACUUAAGACUGGAGAGACAUUGUUACAGCAGGAUAUUUUUCACUUAAAAAUGUCAAAUGAGAUACACCUGUCAAAUAGCUACAAUGGAAAGGAGCUUUGUGACUUUAAGUCACCUGGAGAAAUCUUCAAAGAACCUUCAUGUAGUCUGACACACAUAGGUAUCCAAAACAGAAGAAACAUUUGUGAUUUUGUUCAGUAUGGACAAGCCUUUCCUACUUGGCCUAAGGAAACCUCUUCUGCAGACAAAAGUCCUGAGUUAAGCCAGUAUGGAAAAGAUACCAGUCUGAUUGCAAGUGCUGUUUAUCAGACAACAUGCACACAAGCCAAUUUCCUCAAAUCUAGUGAAUGUCAACAAGCCUCUGAUAGUCAUUCAUACCUUCAGGCAUCUGGGAGAACUCACAGUGAAGACAAACUCUUUAAAUGGGUACGGAGCGGUGAUGCUUUUAAUCCAGCUAUGAGCCAUGCUGGGAAUGGUCAAAUGCGCACUGAAAAGAGAUUCUGUGAAUGUAAAGAAUGUGGGAAAAGUUUUAAAUACUCUGCCAGCCUUAAUAUUCAUAUGCGUGCUCACACUGGGGAGAAACCUUACCAGUGUAAGGAAUGUGGGAAAGCCUUUUCUAGGUGUUACCCACUAACUCAGCACUUAAAAACUCACACUGAAGAGAAGCCCUUUGAAUGUAAGGUUUGUGGAAAAUGCUUUAGAAAUUCCUCAUGCCUUAAUGAUCACUUUCGGGUUCACACUGGAAUAAAGCCCUAUAAAUGUAAGGACUGUGGCAAAGCCUUCACAGGGCGCUCUGGCCUUAGUAAACAUUUACCAACACACACUGGAGAGAAGCCUUACGAAUGUAAGGAAUGUGGGAAAGCCUUCACGUCAACCUCAGGCCUUAUUAAACAUAUGAAAAGUCACAUGGGGGAGAGACCUUUUGAAUGUGAUCACUGUGGCAAAGCCUUUGCUUCUUCCUCAACCCUUAUUACACAUUUGAGAACACACACUGGAGAGAAGCCCUUUGAGUGUACAGUGUGUGGGAAAGCGUUUACAUGUUCUUCGUAUCUUCGCAUUCAUAUGCGGACUCACACUGGAGAGAAGCCCUAUGCUUGUAAGGAGUGUGGUAGAGCCUUCACUGAGCGCACAAGCCUUACUAAACAUUUGCAAACACACACUGGAGAAAAUCCCUUUGAGUGCAAUGUGUGUGGGAAAGCAUUUGCGUGUUCUUCCUACCUUCAUAAUCACAUACGAACUCACACUGGAGAGAAGCCUUAUACAUGUAAGGAAUGUGGGAAAGCCUUCACUGUUUCUUCACAUCUGAGUAAACAUAUAAGAAUUCACACAGGAGAGAAACCCCAUAAGUGUGAGGAAUGUGGGAAAGCAUUCACUGUGCGCUCUGGUCUUAUAAAACAUAUACGAACUCACACUGGGGAGAAGCCCUAUAAUUGUAAAGAAUGUGACAAAGCCUUCACUACCUCCUCAGGCCUCCUUGAACAUAUAAGAAGUCACACAGGAGAGAAACCAUAUGAAUGUGACCAGUGUGGAAAAGCCUUUGCUUCUUCCUCCUAUCUUAUUGCACAUCUGAGAAUUCACACUGGAGAGAAGCCCUUUGAGUGUACAGUGUGUGAGAAAGCGUUUACAUGUUCCUCCUACCUUCAUAUUCACAUGCGAACACACACGGGAGAGAAACCCUAUGAAUGUAAGGAGUGUGGGAAAGCUUUUGCUGUUUACUCACAUCUAAGUAAACAUGUAAGAAUUCACAGCAGAGAGAAAGCCUAUAAAUGUAGAAGUUAUGGAAUAGCUUUCAGUAGUUCUCAUCUUACAGAACACAUAAAAACCCAGAAGAGACUGCUUUAGGAAGUUCUGUUGCUUUAGCAGUGCAUUCAAAUUCACAGUGGCAAGAAAGUUUAUUAGUGAUUAUAUACUAGUUAACUUCAAAGAUGUGAAAUAACUCAUGUUGCAAAGAUGCCUAAUGGGAAGACAUCAGAAUGCUCAAAAUCCAGUUCACAUAAACUCACUUUGAAGCUGUACAAUGUCAAACAUGGAAAGACUUCACUGUUUCAUGGGCUUUUUGUAAAUAUGGGAGAGAAACUCUUGAUACACAAUGUGGAAAAUUGUAUUUCUGCUUAGUGCUUUGAUUACCUAUAGUACCACAGUGGAGGACUUUGUGAAAGUAAGAAAUGUUGGAAAGUAAUUACAUUAGUUAUCAACAUUCAGUAAACAUGAAGUGAUCCAUGUUUGGGGAAAUAUAUAAAAUAUGGAGAUUGUGUCUAUGUCUUAAGAUCUUGUGUACUAGCAGAAACUUGACUUUCUUGAUAGUUUUAUAAAUUUGUUUUGACUAUUGUUUACAUUUUCAAAACUUGAGGUUUUAAUAUUUGCAUUUAAUGGCUUUGUAAUCUUAAAACUGAUUUAAGAUAUACAAAAUUCUAUGGAAAAUAUGUAUAUGAAACAAUUGUCAGAUUCCUUAAAAUGUGAUACAGUAAUUUGGUUUUGGUAUGAUGAAGCAUUUUUUACUAUCUUAGAAAAUUCAGGUGAAGAACACUUAACUAUAUUCAACUGCACUCUUAAGUUGCUUAUCUUGUAACAGAAAGUUUAUAACCUUUAACAAUAACUCAUAAACAUUAACUCUUAGCACUUGGUAACCACAAUUACAUUUUUUUUAUUUCUGUUUACUAUAUCUCUUCCCUCUUUUAAAGACAUAGUCUCACUAUGUAGUUCUGAGUGUCCUUGAACUCACUGUGAGACCAGCCUGGUCUUGGACUCACAGAGAUGUUCUGUCUCCCAAGUGCUGGGAUUAAAUGAAUACACCACCUUGUCCUGUUAUACUCCAUAUUUAAAUAUGGUAAUAUAUUUUUAAUUUUUGUGUCUGGCUUGUUUUCAUAACAAAAUGUCUUCUAGUUUUAUCCCUGUUGUCUUGCAUGACAGAAUAAAAAAACCAAAAAGGGUAAAUUCUACUUCUUUUUGUUUUUGUUUUUUGUGACAGGGUUACUCUGUGUAACAGCCCUAGCGAUCCUCAUACUAGCUCUGUAGACCAGGCUGGCCUUGAGCUCACAGAUAUCCACCUGCCUCUGCCUCCCAGGUGCUGGGAUUAAAGGCAUGCAUCAUUACUGCCUGGCUGGUAUUCUAAUUUUUAUGCACACUCAAGAUAUUUGUAUAUAUGUGCAUAUGUGAUGUGUGUUUACAUGCAUCUCUGUGUAUGAAUUUGGGCUCUAUAAUGUGUAUGUAGAGGCUAGAGGAGGACCUUGGGUUUCAUCCUUGACUUCCUCCUUAAGACAGAGUAAAUUUCUCAUCUCUCCAGCCCCUAUAGAAGUUUCUUUUCACAAAGGAACCCUUAGGUUGUUUCCAUACUCUAUUGUUGGAAAUAAAUUGAACUGCUACAUUGAACAUAGAUUGCAAAUAACUCUGUAAGCAUUCCUUCAGUGUAUGCCCAUAAUCAGUUUGUUGGAUUAUUUAGUUGGUAUAUUUAUAGUUUUAUGUGGAGCUUUGAUACUGUUUUCCAGAUAGCUCUGUCAGUUUUUAUUCUAUUCAAAAUGACAAUAUAUUAGAUGCCUUUUGUUUCUCUUUAUUGGCUCAAACUUGUAGUAUUAUGAUGAAUAUAAGUUCCAAGCAGAAAUAUAAUUGUUCUUGAUCUUAAAGGAAAAGCUCUGAACUUUUCACUGAGUGUGAUGAUAGUCACUGGCCUGUCAUACAUGUAUAGUCAAUGAUAAAAUAAGGUGCAUUCAUUUCUAUAUUAAAUUUGUUGUAUCACGAAA